AUGGCCUUGAUCCAGCGUCUGCCGCAGGAAGUGGUAAAUCGGAUUGCAGCUGGUGAAGUGAUUGUGCGCCCAGCUAAUGCCGUCAAGGACGAUGGCUGUGGUAUUCCCUACGACUCAUUGCCCAUCUUGUGCGAGCGCUUCACCACUUCGAAACUGCAAAAGUUCGAAGACUUGCGAGCCAUGGAGACAUUUGGAUUCCGUGGGGAAGCGUUGAGUUCGCUUUCACAGGUCUCGAAAGUUUUCGUUCGUACGAAAAUUCAAAGCGAGCCACUGGGCGUCUCGGCGAGCUACAUUGACGGCAAACUGCAGGAGCAAAGUCAAUGUGCGGCGCUCGAUGGGACCAUCAUCGAUGCUCGCCAGUUAUUCUACAACAACUCUACGAGACUUUUGGCGUUCAAGAAUGUUGCAGAGGAAACGAGCAAAGUCGUUGAAGUCGUGCAACGUUUUGCGAUUUUACACCCGAGCGUGAGAUUCAACUUGAACCACGGAAAGUCGCUAUCCACGAAAGGAAAUGGGGAUCGGAAGGCUGUGAUUGCGACGCUUCUAGGACCAGAAUACGCAAAAGAUAUGGUACCGCUCGAGCUGUCGAGUGCGAAGCUUCACUACAAAUUGGAUGCACUGGCUUCGAAUCCGAUCUCUCUCGUCACGGCUCAAUCAAACCCGGGGAAGAAGAAAUAUUUCGUGCUGUAUGUGAACAACCGAAUCGUACACAGUGACUACUUUAAACGGGCGAUUGACACCGUUUUUGCCGAUGCGAAUAUGGCCUACUUGUUCCUGUACAUGGACUUGCAGAUCGAGCCUUUCUGCAUUGAUGUAAAUGUGCAUUCGUCGAAGGAACGCGUCGAAUUCCUGAAUGGAGAUGCCAUUAUUGAUGAAGUGAAGGAGGCUCUUCGCACUCGUAUUUUGCGCAGUACAGCCACCCAGGAUACGUCGAAUAACUUAAGCCAAACGGUCAUACGGAACUUUACAGUGUCCUUGGUGGAAAAAGGACCCCCGAGUCCAAGUCCUUCGGCUUCAGAGACAAGUCUUGUUGCGAGUCCACUAACCACUAGACCGGAGAAUCACCUCCGAACGGAUUACAGGCAACAACGUCUUGAUCAUUUUCGCCUGGAACAGCUGGAAAGUCAGCCAACGCAGCUUAUUGAAGCGACAGAUCAUGUAAGCCGGCUUCAAGAUCCGAUCAUCUUCCAGGAGGACGACGCCCUAUCCAAUCGGCUCGCCGAGCAGCAACUGGUCCUUGUUGGCGCUAUUGAUUGCGAGCAUGUUCUGAUGCACGAUGCAGCCAACCGGCUCGUUUUGCUCGAUUUUGUAACACUUACGCAGGAACUUUUUUACGAUAUUUAUAUUUUUGGCUUUGGCCAUCUCGGGUCAUAUGAAAUACAGUCACCCUUGGAUGUGCGCAGAUUAUUGUCGGCCAGCUCUAAUGACAUUGACAUUGAUGAGACCAUCGAAUUUUUCAAAGCACACGAAUGCAUCAUGAGAAGAUAUUUUUCGGUCGAGUUUUUGGUGGAAGAAGAAAACCUACUUCUUUCGAAAAUCCCCUCGCUCUUGGACGGCUACUGCCCACAACUUGAACGAAUCCCAGAAUUUCUUUCUGACUUGUUGUCCAUCCAAUUCACCGAGGAUGGUUUUGAUAUCGGCGAUGCGGCUCGCAGCACCGCUAAAUUUUUCACGUUGAAAAAGGAGUUUUGUGAAGAUGGAAAGAUCAACACAUUGCUGGGAGCGGCCGCCCAAUUUGAAUCGUUUGCAGACGUUAUUCGGUUAUUAUUGCUACCCCGUAUGAAGAAACAGCUGAUUCCGCCCAGCCACUGGGCAUACGAUGGGGCAGCGCCAUCGCCCUUCAGAUGGGUCACUUCGAAUUCGGAUAUUUAUAAAGUAUUUGAGAGAUGU